AUGAGUGUCACUUUGAGAGACCAAAUCGCUGAGAAAUAUGCUAAAGGUAUCAAAUCGGGAGAGGUGCAUUUCACUCAAUCCGCUAGCAAAAAAGUGAAAGAUCCAGAAUCCGGCCUUCAAUACGUUGUCAGCCUUGCUCCCAGUCUUCUCAAGAAACCAGAACGUGCCGAGGCAGAAGCCUCGAAGCGUGAUCCUUUUGCAGAGCCCGAACCGGAAUUGACAGUGAACGAAGACUUGUAUGGAUUAGGGAAAUACAAAUUGCUUCUAAACAAGUUCCCCGUGGUUGCAGAACAUUUGUUACUUGUGACACGCGAGUAUAAGCUACAAACAGCGCCACUGGAUCCACAAGACCUUUUGACGUCGUACCGCCUUUUGCAAGAUUUGGACGACGAAGAUGAACAACUAAGACACCUUGUUUUUUAUAACUGUGGUAAGACCUCCGGCUCCUCUCAGGACCACAAGCAUCUCCAGUUGCUGAAAUGGCCCCAAAACUUUGUGGCCUUCCAGGACCGUCUUUGCAAUGGCAAGGACCAUUUCAUUCCCGAUCAGCGCUCCGAGCCACUGCAGGACAAAAAGCUUUCAUUCGCCCACUUUGUGGUGCCUUUGCCCGAAGAACCUGAGGCCGUUACUGAAGAUCUACUCGCCAUGACUUUCGUCUCACUACUGCAAAGAACGCUCACGUUUUUCCAGGACUGGACCAACGAAAGGCCCAACAUGGAGACCGGAUACAAUGUCCUCAUGACACGCCAGUGGCUGUGUCUUGUCCCUCGUUCCCACACCAAGAGUUCCGAACUAGACAUCGGUUUCAACGCUACUGGCUAUGCAGGACUCGUUCUCGUUAAGCACGAAGAAGUCUGGGAAAAGAUUUUGCAAGAACCUCAAGUGGUCAACCGCUUGAUGCUCGAGUGCGGCUUCCCAAAUACCUCCGGCGUCAAAGCGACUGAAUACCACUAUUAA